GCAAACGCGGUAAACAAAUAAUGAAAUAAAUUAUUUUAUGCUUGUUAGUACAUGUAUGAGCCUUAUCUGUAAUAGCUCUUUCGUUUCUAUACCUGUCACAACAACACGUGUAAAGCCACGUGGUUUUAUACACACGUGACAGCUAGCGCGCUAUAUACGUGGUUUACAGCGCACGACGCUUUGGAACCCGAGGGCAAAUGGCAACUGCUGGUGAUUCUAAGCGUCCACAAUUCGGAUCUCGCGUUUUAUCAAAUCCCGACGACGUAUUUAAACACAAUGCGUGGGACAACGUCGAAUGGGACGCGGAGCGUGAGGCUGAAGCGCGACGCAAAGCAGAAGAGAAUUCAUCAGUCAAAAUGUCCGCAGAACAGCAAGAAGAAUACGAAAGAAACAGCGGAGCGUACUGGGACCGCUUCUAUUCUCAACACGACAACAGAUUCUUUAAAGAUCGUCACUGGCUUUUCACGGAAUUUCCGGAAAUACUUAACACGAGUGGGUGUGGCACGACUAUAUUGGAAGUCGGGUGUGGAGCUGGUAACACCGUCUUUCCUCUCUUGAUGACAAACAAAGAUCCGAAUCUCUUCAUUUAUUGCUGCGAUUUUUCCAAAGAGGCGAUCGACAUCGUCCGAGCGAACGAGAACUACGAGGCCUCACGAUGUCUCGCCUUUGUGUGUGACGUCACCGAUCCCAAUUCCCACAACAUCCCAAUUGAGCAAGAAACUCUUGACAUCAUAAUUCUCCUCUUUGUCUUAUCAGCCAUUCAUCCAGACAAAAUGCAAGCCGUACUAUGUUUCCUAGCGAAAUACCUAAAACCGGGUGGACGAGUCAUCUUCAGAGACUACGGUCGUUACGACAUGGCGCAGUUACGUUUCAAAAACGGGCAGUGCUUAUCGUCCAACUUCUACGUCCGUGGUGAUGGCACGAGAGUCUAUUUCUUUACGCAGGAAGAGCUUCAUGAGUUAUUCACAAAAGCAGGACUAAGAGAGGAGCAGAACAUCGUUGAUCGACGACUCAUCGUCAACAGGGGAAAGAGAAUGACUAUGCAUCGUGUGUGGAUGCAGUGCAAGUUUGUAAAGCACGACGAGAGUCUCGAUGCAUUUGAAAUGGUAGACGAUGCUUCGUGUGUUCCAUGCAGUCCCGAGACAGUCUAA